GUACUGUAAUCGCGUUAAAUGCCUAGGGGAAAAUUGAAACAGCAUGCAUUUAAACUAAGAAUUGUAGUUUCUCUUUGUUUGUCAUCUUGAGCCAGACUACGAGCAAGAAUGGAUUACUCAGCUAUAUUGCUUGUUGUUUGUUUUAUGAUCCUAGUUGCGUACUUGGUGACUCACAGUUUCAGCGGCAGAACACCACCUGGACCUAUAGGAUUGCCUAUUGUGGGUUACAUACCGUACAUGACUAAGAAGCCUUAUCUUGAUUUGAUGAAGCUGUCUAAGAUCUAUGGUUCUAUUUUCAGCAUUCGCCUUGGAGCGAUCAAUGUUAUUGUUCUGGGAGAUUACGAAUCUACUAAGGAAGCUUUUUCCAUGGAUGCAUUUAUUGGAAGGCCUCCAGAUUCACCAUUUGAUCUCAACAAAGAAACUUUGGGAAAGAAAUUGAAGAACACGAGGCAACUUUAAACCCAAACAACAUUCGAGACUACAUUGAUGGUUACUUAUUAGAAAUAAAGAAGAGAAAUGACCCAGCAUUCUGCAAGCCCGUUCUUGAAGACAUGAUCGGAGCGUUCUUCGGAGCUGGGAGCGAGACCGUGAGGAUCACAACCGAAUGGCUCCUUUUGGUUGCAGCAGAUAUGCCACAUGUCCGGAAGAAAGUCCAGAAUGAAAUAGAUGAGGUCGUCGGGAAAGAUCGAGUGCCAACAUUUGCAGACCAUGUCAGUAUGCCGUACAGUAUGGCCGUUGUGAUGGAACUGAUGCGAUGGAGGACGAUCAUUCCUAUUAACAUACUUAGAUAUACCAUUGCUGAUGCAGAGUUACAAGGCUUCUUCAUUCCCAAGCACUCAUACAUAAUUGCUAACUUGUGGGAAAUUCAUCACAAUCCAGCUUACUGGGGUGCAGAUGCAGAAGAAUUUCGGCCGGAAAGAUUCCUGUCCGAAGAUGGAACGGAAUUACUAAAAUCAAAGUACUUCAUACCUUUCUCUAUAGGUAAGCGAUCCUGUCCAGGAGAACCAAUGGCCCGUGUUGAAGUCUUCCUGUACUUUGUGUCAAUUUUGCAGAAAUUUCACUUGAGUCUUCCUCAAGGAGUAAAAGCCGAUUAUGAAGGAGUACUGGGCAUAGGACUCACACCGAAAUCUCAAAACAUUUGCUUUCGAAAAAGAUACUAGAUUUUAAACAAAUGACUUUCGUCCUAAAACAGACUUGGGUUUCAUCCUUUGUAAUUAUAUGUGGUCAUCAUUGAAGGUCUCUCAGCAAAAAAAUAAUUAAGCAUGCAGGACUAUUAGCAGUGGCUUAGUCAAGGGAGAGGCGGGGCUCAUAAUCCCCCAUGAAAUGUUCAGGCUACAUAUACCCAUGCCUACGUGUGUUAUGUAUGAAGGUAUAUAUGUGUUAUAAGUGAAAAUCCCGCUUCCACUAAAUAUUUGACUCUACACCUUUUGAGAAUUAGAGAGUGUUUCUGUGAAAAUGCUGUUCAACAAAAUGCUGUGAUUAAUGUAGUGUCUCAUAUGUGUUAAAACGUUCCAGGUGUUUUAAAUAAAUAUUCAUUUCUCAAAAAUUAUUUGAUAAAACGUUUCAAAAAUUUUUGUCAAAAUUAUUUUGUAAGAUAAGUUAUUCUAGGUUAAAUUCUUUUAUUUGCAUUAAAUUAUAAUUUUUGCUUUAAAAGAAGAAAAUAUGAAUUGAUCUUCUAAAAUUCCACUGUACUUUUUCAAGUAAUUAUUUGCGUUAUUUGUAAAGCAAAUAUAUUUCUUUGAAUUUUCUUUCUAAAAUCGCAUACUCAUCUUUUUAUUUUCUUUUUAUUGAU